AUGGAGGGAUUUAUCAAUGCCAUACGGCUGUUAAAGAACUGGGGCCCAAAGCAGUGGCCCCGCAAAAGCGGGAGCGGGGCCAUGGCUGAAGUGGCUGGGCCCACUGGUGAAUCCAAAGGCACUGAAGUUAAAACCCAGCAGACCACGGAAAAAGCCCUUACGGCACCACCGAGGCGGGGUUCGCGCUCGGUGCUCAAAGUGUCCCAGCUGUUGCUCCGAGCAAUCACUGUGCACAAAGGGCUGACUCUUGCCGCUCUCAAGAAGGAGUUUGGAAAUGCUGGCUACGAAGUGAGCAGGAAGGGCUGCCGCCACUCGGGCGAAGCACCGAGGUCUGAUGUUAAGGGCACGCUUCUACGGGUCAGCGGCAGCGAUGCCUCUGGCUACUUCAGAAUCUGGAAGAUUCCGAAGCCAAAGAGAAAGCCAGGACGCCCGAGGUUGGAGGAGGGCGUGCGCUCUUCGAGGAGGGCCCUUCCUGGGCUGCGGAGACCACGGAGGCGCUGCCCGCGUCGCAGGGCGGCCAAGAAGGCCAGGGAAGUAUGGAGACGCAGCACGAAGGCAAACACAAGGGUGAGGAAGAUAAGGCCAAGAGCCAAGGACUCGGUGCGUUCCAGAGCCAGGGAGGAAGUGAGGGCCAAGGUGAUGGACGAGGGGAGAGGACGGACCAUGAAGGCAGACAUCAGGCCUAGGACCCGAAAGGAGAAGAGGAGGCCAGGCCCGAAGCCCAGGGAAGAGAAGAAGCAGGACCUGGUGAAGCCAGUAAAACGCACCAUCCAGAAGACAGCCUUGGUUAAAACUGACCGAAAUUCUAGCAGUCAGGAGAAGAUUCAUGACCCAAAGGCUGCUCGCACAAAGACUUCCACUAAAUCGGAAGGUCUUCAGAAUGCAGCCAGGUAUCCGUAG